AUAUUAAGUACGUUUCAAAUGUACCCUGUGUCGCAUCAUUAUCGUCGUUAUUCUACUUCCUAUCCCCUCAUGUUACCAAGAUACUCGUCUACAACCCCAGAACAAGGGCCUUGUUCCAUCGUGUUAUCCCAGAAUAGAUCAGACAAUACUCAUUAAGCUAGGUCAGCUCGCACAUGGCGGAUUCGACCUCCGCGCGGGGCGUACGGAAUAGCACCCAUUCGGGUCGACAAACUCGAGGUCAAGAAGCGUAUCGAGCACCUACACUAUAUCAAUCGCGCCAAGGGAUAAACAGCUAUGCAUCUUUGAGAUCCACUGCUUCCCGCUUCUCCCUGAACGAGCAGUUCGCUGCCACUAGGCGUGAGUAUGAGUUCGGAUAUGACGAUGCGUCGUCUAUAUGGGAGCGAGAGACUGUCAGAUCACGUCGCCUUAAAGACGAGCUCGACACCGCUAGUAUUCUUGUUCCCAACGCCGAAGAGAUAACGGACUCCGAUCUCACACUGCCUCUCCUUAACGCUGAUGACUUCUGUGAUAUUUUAUGUGUGUCUCGCAACCCUUCAGUUGAAAGCAUCCUGCAAGCCUAUCUUAGGCUUUACCCUCUACUGGAUCCGGAGCAGCAGCCUCCACAUCAACGUCAGACUGCUGAAGCAUAUUCUAAGAUCAUACAACAAGCUAUCGAAAUUCUCAUUGAUCAUCGCCAGAAGGCGCAUAAAGAUCCCAUUCAUCGGGAUGCUACAGAUGGCCUUGACUACGAUGGCCCAGUGCUUAAUCCACCAAGUCUCGCCACUCUCCAUGGAGAGUCAAGUAUAAACGAGUUUGGUACUAGCUUUGAUGUACAAAAAGCUUUGAGAAAUGAGAGACAUAUUUCGAAGCGGAGGAAAACCCUUCUCGAACUCGUUGAUUUUGAAGUAGGCCAUGCGACUUCUGUUCAUUUGAGUGAGCUCGACCAGAAAAUACGUCGAUCAAUGCAGCGGUUGAAGCACAUCGCUACAAGCGGCGAUAAAGCGACGGACAAGGGAGGUAUGCCAUUUUCGACGACAAAACACAUGUGUGGUACUAUUGCGACUCUUCGGGCAUCCGUUUACGGCUUCCUACAAGAAGAUAAGUCUGCGCUAUCCCGGCUUGAUCUUUACCAACCCAGCUUCCCUCGCACUUCAAAUCGAGACCGGUUUGCAUUGCUACAGCAUGGCCGAAUACGACCUUUAGUCGCCGUGACCCUGCGGCACACCAUUCCAGUACCCCUAUCUCAUGGCGAUACAACAGCCACGCUGCAUACGUUGACUUCGAAGAACUGCUCGACUGAGGAUGGACUGGUAGUUGAGAUCGGGUCGACUAUACUUCCAGAUCCAGUUGGCUCUAUUAGAGUCUCCCAAUUCGUAGCCCUUCCUUUCGAUCACUGCAAAAGCCUUUUGAGACUAGAAUCAGAACAGAGUAUACGAGAGAGAAUGUAUCCCAGGCUGGCAGCUACUAUAGAGCGACCAACUGCCAGAGGUCAAAUGAUAGUCCAUAUAGCUAGCGGGGACUGGCGAAGCCAGGCAGCAGAGACGUGUCGUUAUGUUGCCGAUUUCGCAAGCGCCAAGCGAAAAUACCUCAGCGUUGGGCCGCUCCACGACCUUCUCGAUAGACUAUCAACGCUGAGGCCCCCUCGAGUAGAGAUUGCCUACAAGCAUGGUGGCAAUUUCGAGUAUCGCGAAUCUUACAUAGCCACUGAGCGUCUCAACCAGGGCAUUCGGGCCUUCGAUGUCACAUCGGGCAGGGAUAAGAACGGUUCUUGGACUGUCGCUGCUGUGGCGGAACCUCGAUACUACUCGCUCUCGGCCAAAUAUGCACGAGAUGUCGACCCCUCUGCUCUUGAGCUUUACCAGCCCCUUUCGAUAUCCUCAAAACCUCAUGAUUUGCUAGCCACAGACGCCACCAAUCCCAUUAGCCGGCGGCUUCGCAUGGAGGCUGAAAUAGGCACAGACUGGUUCACUCCGGGCUAUCUAGCUCUCCGCUGUCUCAAGCGUGCGGGACGGUUCUCUAAGGUCGGCUUCGAGAUGGGGUUUAACAAAUACUCCCUAUACUUAUCCCUGUACUGGUCACGCUUAGGUCGACGAAUCAACAUUCCAUUCUACCUGUGCUCAGGAUCCAACCUCCGCUUUAAAACCCUCCUACUGACCGCCAUCCUCCCUUUUGCGGGACUCACGCUAUGGGAGCUUUGGGAUCGCUACCAUCGCCAAAAGCGACUUCAACAGCGACUCGCCACCCUGCUAGAUCACCGGUACAUCCAGAAACGUCGGGACGAAGCCGACACGCUGAUGACGCUCAUGGCGCCCACUGUGCAGAACAGGCAGAAAAUAGAGUCUGCGAGAAAUGGUCUGGUGAUAUUGAGUGCUAAGUAUGGCGUCAAGGCCCGUGAUGCAGGCGAAGCGACUGCUUGGGGCGCUGCAGAGGUUGCUGAUGUCACUAUCCCUUUGGCGGCGCUUGUUGACCGGGGACAGUUAUUCAUACCUGCCGGUGUGCGGAAGAGCUAUAUUCUUGGAUUUUGGGACCCCGAGCCGGAGGAAGAAAAGGUGUUGCAUGUGCGAUAUUCGUUCCAAGGUAGAUAGAGAAGCUACUGUUGAGGUGAGAGGAGAUGAUGAGCAGCUGGUCCUACCACCGCCUUGGUUGUAGAUAAAGCUUGUUUAUCGCGUGAAUAUAGUCUUUUAUCAAAAUGCUAAUGACAUAUUCCAAAUAAUUGCUCAUCACAGUAUCAAGGCUC